GAUAAUGACUCUCUAUUCUAUUUCUCCGUUCAGCUGAGCAAUGUGUUUCAAAGGCCAUUGUAAUUGUACAACCCAGCAAAUAUGUUUCCAAGGUAUUGUCCGAGUUAAUCGCGAGCGUCGUCUUUGCAACAAUUACUGUAGAAACGUGUACACGAAGAAGCCGAGCCGUAUGUGUGAGUCAACCCAUAGACGCACUGUUUGUACGUUUUCUCUCCGGCUGUACGCAUUUGUUUCCACUGCUAAGAUGAGGAAGUUUAUGCUCCUGGAGGAGACAUUCCAGACAUUGUGAUCCGCCCUGCCUCCCAGAACACCAUCAUAGACAUUAAAGAUACUACACUACACGUUUCUAACGCGGCAGAUGUCAAAACACCGCCUAGUAAAAUGAGCGUCGAAACUGAAUUGGGAAAGAAGACAGAUGUUCAAGACAAGGUGGUUCCGAAAGUCGGCGAGAUGCUGACAUACAACCAAAUCCAGGCAGCCCAGCGCCUGCUGCGCCGCCAGUACCCGACAAUCCAAGGGCUGGACGACCCUGUACACGGUCUCUAUGACGUGGGAUUCGCCAAGAUGACGGGGAAGGGCCUACAAAUCCACCACGGCGGUAACAUGCACUGGGUUUUGUCGUCAUACACAGACGGCCAGGUGUGCCUGUAUGACGGUCUUGGCGUGUCCAUGAUGACCAAACCUCUGCUGAUCCAGCUUUGCCAGUCUUACGCCGCGUUUGCUGACAAAGAAACAGACACCCUGCCCGUCGUGUUGCCAGAAGUGCAGAGUUAUUGGAAUGAAAACGAUUGCGGGCUGUUCGCCAUCGCCUGGGCAGUGGACAUCGCAGAGGGGCAAGACGUGAGCAGGGUUGUGUACGACGAAAGGAAGAUGAGGAGCCAUUUGGAGACGUGCUUCGAACAAGGGAAGCUCACACCGUUUCCACGCCUGACCAGCCGCAGAAAGAGGGUCGGUCCAACCAGAGCACACCAAAUCUCGCUGGUCUGCCGCUGCGAACAAGGAGGGCGUCUAGGAAGGAUGGAGAGGUGCAAGGCAUGCCGGAGGAUGUUUCACGUCAGCUGCCUGCCAGUCAGCCCUCCUCGUGAUGGAACAUGGGCAUGUGACGACUGCGUUAUGUAAAAUAAAAGACAGUAUUUACUGAUAAAAAAAGAAUGUAUUUACUGCAGCGUAAAAUCUGUUGCAUUGCAUGUCGUUUGAAGUAAAGGGUGUUUGUUACAAAGUCACUCAAAAAUGGGAACCUUGCGUGGCCUUCUCUGGAAUGAUGGCUAGAUGUCGAAGUGGUCGUUACUGCUUGAGAUUCGUUUGCAAUUUUUUUGUAAUAUUGCCGAAUUAUUGUCUCAUUUAGCAUUAUCUAGUCAAAUAACUUUUAAAAUUAUUAAAUACAUGUACUUAGAUAAGUGUAAUGUACUACGAUUAUGAUGUUAUGUAUUACGAUAUAAUUAUGCUAUGCGAUUGAAAUAUUUGUUAAUAUUUUGAUACACCGAAUCCCACGAAUUGGCGAAAAUUUACAGUACACCUCAAAUAAGAGUGAUGCUUUAAUUUACUUAGACUGUCUCAGUAUAUAGCUACGCAGCACUACCAUACAAUCGCUGUGUUUUUAUGGCUAGACACACUAGCUUCUGUAUCUGUAUAAAUCAUGUAACAGGCCAUCAACGUAACACACCAGCUUGUUUCUGCAUCUGUAUAGCCGGUAUAACCGCAUAGAAAUUAUGUGAAUUUCAUACUUGUGACAUGUUUAAGUUACUUACAUGUUAAGGUGCACAUUACCAUGCAUGGAUUAUGUAAAUAUCAUAGUAAUUUGUAAUUCAGUCAAUGGAACGAACUUUCACACAUACAACAUGUUCCAUUUUGGUAGAGCAAACCAUUAUUUCAAAAUGAAUUAUUUUAAUGACAGCCUUAAAUAUGAAUAAUCAAUGAGACAAGAUGAAGAAUUACAAAACCUCAGAAUAUUUCAAGGAGACAUGAAGUUUUUGAACCAUUGUUAGUUUGUUACUUCGUUACAUAAUGAACAUUCCUUUCCGCUCUGAUUUCAAAAUAAAGGCCACUUUCUUUUGCCAAACUUUAUAUCUGCACACUCGCAUUAGUUUGGGGGCUCAGACGAUAAUCUAUGCAACGUGGCCUAAUUACUUUGUUACAUGAUGAUUUACCCAUCAAACUUACAACGAAAAGGUUUAGAAAAAAAACACGACAACACUUCUUAACAGAGCUCUGUAUACUUUAAUAAAGCAAAGUCUCACAGAUCAAACAAAAUAUUUGCAGGUACAGUAAGGCUGCCCUACCACACACCCAAAGCCAGCCAAACUUCACACAUUGCACAAACCCUGUAAAUAUUGUGGAAUUUUGCAACUCAGUUAUUGCUACAUUUCUCAGUCUGUACACAAACCAUUGAUGGCUACAUUUUGCCACACACUAGCCAAGUCGUGUAUAUAUAGAUAUUUAGAUAUAUAUAAAUAUUGAGAGAGUGACAGACUUUUAUGACCAUUGUAUCCUAAUGUAACACUUUGAGUGAAAACUUAUUUAACCUAGUCCAAUCACAUGUAUAACAAGAAGAACAAUUAUAUAAUUGAGACUUUACAUAAUGUCGCAACUAUGAAAAAUAUAUUCAAAGCCAUAUUUUCAGAUGUGGUAUUGCAAAGAUGACUAUGGUCUUGUGCUGUUAACUACUGCGUGUAGAAUACACCAUAUUACGUACGAUAGACUCUGGGUUACGAUUUUGUUCCCACCAGGAGUAAGUUGUUAGUUCGAACAUUGCAAUCUGCGCUACAAGGUAUAGCGCAAUCAAGUCAACUAUCUAAGAUCUGGACAAGAUCAGUACAUUCUAUCUCAUUUGUGAUGCUAGAAGAAUGCCAGACAGAUCCAGGAAUGAAAAACAUCAGGGUCUUAGACGUGUACAGCUGGGCAAUCUACAAAAAGGAGGCGUGCCUGUCGCGAGUCAAGGCACAGAUCGUCCCAAAUAGCGCAUUUCAUCCAGUUAUCUACAGUAGUUAUAUUGUACGUAACAUAAUAUUAUACAUAGUCUUGCCAUCAUCAGUACGAAAUCAGCUCAAUACAUUUUGUACAACCAUAAAUAGUCUGUCAGAUUGUCUGAUUCAAGAGUAAUUAAUUACAAAGAAGGCUGCCGCAGGCUCUAAGACAACUGCAUAGGAGUGCCAAGCAGCAACAUCUGAUCAUGACAUGUACAGCUAACAACAAAACUCACACCCCAAAAUUAUUCACACCCCUUAUCAAUUUGUUAUUUUUCAAGAAUGAAAUGUAGUGGAGUGGAAUUGGUACCAUUUCUGAAAUUCUGGACGUAAUGCUUUUGAAAAAGCAUGGGUAAAGUCCUCCUGGACCAAGAUAUUCUGCAAAUGUGUGAUUUACUUUUAUGUUUCUGACUUGUUCGAAGAAGUACAAAACAACUCUUCACAUGAUAAAUAUCUAUGAAAAGAUAUGAGGGGUAGAAGUAAUUUUGUUGCUAACUGUACAACAUGCCAGUAACACAUUGCCUGCAUAUCCAGCUUAUUCCUCACAUACACAUGCUUAUUUUGUACAAGAGAGCACACCUUAGUGUACUGAAUAAGUCCCCAUUCUACUUGGACUGCAACCUUACUGAUUUGAUAGAGCGCUCAAUGGAUUUCAUUGAUAAAAAAAAACAAAUCUUUUACCCUUUUUGUGUUUCGUUGUCUUUUCUGUCAUACUUUUUUUUUACAUUUUACAUGACAAUCCAAUUCUGAAUCCAAGUUAGGUUGCACUGUCACAGAGAUAUCACAGUUCAAUCACCAUCUAGUGGAAUGGGGGCCUAACAUAUAUGUAUCAACUCAGCUUCAUUUGUUUCUACCCAAGGCCUUUAUAACCAGAGAUAUCUCUCCACCAGUCUUGUGCUAAUUAAACAUCCAGUUGGUAAGUCACUGAACAAGAAAAUUCUUUGCACCCAGCCAAGUCUUUUCUUCAACCGACGUUUCAGUGACCAUCUAAAUUGUCCUGUGGAAGGUGACAGACGGUCACUGAAGCGUUGGUUGAAAUUUGAUGUGUAUAAAGAAUGUAGUUAUUAGCUAAUUAAGCAUGUACAGCUCAAGCCCUAGGGCCACUGCAGUGCCUUGGGUGGGUAAAUGUUAUAGAUUAGCACAGCAACCACCACCCUCCCCACCUAGUUUGUACAACAGUCACCCAUGAAAGGUAUCAUUACAUCUAACUGUUGCUUUACCACAAAUUUGUACAUGUACAUACCUAACAGUUCUUUUGUGCAGGUAAACAACAUUAUGAAUGAAGGCUUAACUAUACAUAUAACCAACACUAAAGGAAUUUUUGGCUAAUUCCAAAGUUCCGUUUAAGUUUAUACUUCAUUUCUAAACAGUAGUUAAUUUCAGCCUUAACAGCCAACAUGUAACAGUUUUGCACUGCAGUAAUAAGCCAGUUCCCGGGUUGGACUGUGCAUGCAUGAGGUCAGAGGUGAAGGCUACAACUUGUUAACAGUUCUUGUUGAGACCAUGUUUGAAACAUUCAUAAAUAUCCAGAUGUGUUGACGAAGGUUACACAUGCAGGUAAUAGGAUACGUAAGAUAAGAGUUACUCUGCAUGUUUUGUUUAUGU